CAAUUAAUCAAAUCAUGGCCCCGUUUCUUCCCCGUUAGACCGUCACUAAGCUUUCGUCUCGUCCCUCCCUUCUCCAUACGUGUAACACGCUACGGAUACUUUGAGGAUAAUACCGAUGGAAAAAUUUGGGUGAACGAUGGACCAACCAGAGGAGAGACUGUUAGUGCGACGGGCUAAACUAAUCAGCAGUGUGGUACUGAUGGUCGUUGAAGCUUGGCUUCUUCAGAUCGAAGGAUGGAUGGGCUGUGUCUCUUCUUAUACUCUGUUGAAUACAAAUUAUAUACUUUCGGACCUAAGGAGGCUUUGUAUACCUUGUGUAGUGGCUCUCGCGGGCUAUCUUCUAUCUUGUAGGUUGCUUGUCAUCGUAACUGUCACAUUAUCUGGUCAGCUGCCUUUAUAAAGUCACGGGGCAUCAAGUAUACUCUAUCGAUCCUGCGGAGUGGGGGUGU